UUGAAAUACCGCGCUGAGCGCUCUCCGUGUAUCCGUAAUCCAAGGGUUGUCCGUUGUGGACUGUGGCAUACUGUGGUAUAUGGCUGGGUAUAUUGAUAUACUAUAUGCGUUAUCCUGAAGUACUGUUUAGCAACUAGCGAGCGUUCAUUAGAUGGAUCCAAUUCCAGUCAAGGCGAUAAGUACCGACCGAUCCAGUGACUUGAAGGCUGAAGCACAGUAUACGGAGGCCGGGGAUGUGAUCUGAUGCUAUUGAAUAAUGGAUGGGAUGCCGUCAUGCCAUCGCAAAACCAAAGCCCUCGUUUUUCGUACUUCCAGAUUGCAUGUAACUGCUCCAAUUGCAGUGAUUCGACGGCGACUGCCCAGUCACUCCUGCCUUCUGGGCAAGAUCCUGCUGUUGGAUGGCCAGUACUCGACACUGGGUGAGGGGCCCGAUGACAUCGAGACCAUGGAGUUCGGCUACGAACGGAACAGCGGAGAGUGGAGCAAGGCGGCGCCCUGCCAUCUAAUGUCUGUGGCGCACAUCCGACAGCACGAAUGGCUGAGCGGGUGGCUGGCCGAGCUCUUCCCGGGGCGACUGGUACGGCGUGUCUACCCCUCACCAGUCUCCGGCCGCUCCUGGCCCAAGACGCGUCGUCAACUGGACCGCGCCGCACGUAUUCAUACAGCUAGUGGUGCGGCGGACGCGUAUGUUGUCCUCUUCCUCAGUUCGGAAGAGGAUCUUCAAAGCUAGAGGCUGCUGCAGGAGAGGAAGAGAGAGACACUGAGCUCUGGUGUGCUAUGCAGAGCAGGCGCUGGGGCUGACUGUUGAAACAGUCACCGGCUAUUUAUUUGAGAUAACGGGUAUUUGUGCAUCCAGUGAAGACAAGAUGAUGUUCCAGAAACCCGUUCUAAGUGUUGCUGUUCAUGGCGCGAUCCUCAGAGUGGACUGGUGGUAUCCUACAUGUAGCAGAUAUAUGGAGAGAAUAGUGUAAGAGAUUUUAUUGUUCCUGCCAAUGGCGCAUCUGCUGUAUAAAUCGCCCCUACGUCCGAGGUAGAUCAGUUACUUGACUUGCAAUACUAGCAUGGGGUGCUGCGUUUUUUUUUAUUGCAACUCUUUAAAAACAUCUGUUAAGUUAUCUGUGGUUAUUGUCCAGCUUCCUGAGUUCCAAGUUUCCAUAGAAAGUACAACAUGCUGUCUUCAAUAACACCCAGCUCAGUUCCUCUGAAGCCAUUUAGCCCAAAGGCGUCAGACGCCUUUUGAGUCACAGCAUAGAGAUAAAUUUAGUUGAAACAUUCGUGAAAGACUGGCUCUUAGCGAAGCUUGUAAACGAGCCUUGAACUUUGCCCUAAUCGCGAAUCGUGAUCCCAUGGGACGGAUGGUUUUGCUAACUUCUAAAUGAGCAACGGCCAUUCACUGGCCGUUAUGCUCAGUUAUUUCUGCUGCCUAAGUCAUACCAAAAUGUUGUUUCGAAUUAUUAUAUUCAACCAGUAGCUAUCUGUGGAGACUUUUGAUAAUAUUUGCAGCAGCUUUUGAAGCCUGGAUUAUAUGUCUUGCUGAGCUUGAACACCACAAUAGAGAAGGGUUUACCCGACAUGAUGUGCCAAAAGGAACGGCUAUAUAUAAUUAUUUUAUAUUCCAAUGAAGACUUCUGGCAGAUCAAUUGUAUGCAGUGAUCUUGCGGAGCACUCCGAAUGUUGAUCUGCAUUACAAUUGAGAGAUGCUGCCGGACGAUUUCAUUCCAAGACACUUCCAUACGACAUUGAAGGCAAUGAAGGCCGUGGUCCAACGUGGCAUGUGAUUCACGCCCUCAUAGUCUGGAAACACGGGUCAUAGGCAGAAGUCGUCUACGAAUAACGGCUGUUUUCAACUCACGUUGGGUGGCCAAGCUGAGGGGACAUCCCUGCCAUCUCAAUCCUUAUCUAUUUCAGACUAAGGAAGAAUUACUCGCAAACUUGGUGAAACUUUCCCGCCAUGACCGUCCGCUAACCAAAUAGAGCCAUCUGGAAUUAUGUGCGUCCCACGCAAUGCACGGUAUAGUGACUGAUGACGCAUUUGGCCAGCGGGGGACCCAACCUUUUGAAGAAGCCCGUCAUCCCGGAGGGAGGUAGCAUUACCACGAACGGAAACGAACGUGACCACUUGAAUGGCAAAAGCUUCACCUUCUGAGACCAUGACGGUCGUAUCUGUAAACUUCGAUGCAAGGCAUUGAAAUGUGGCGUAAAUACCAUUGCCCGCACCGAGCCAUGACAUUUCAAUGCAAAAAGUUUUAUGUACUCAGAGUUCAGAUCGAAUUUGAAGGCAUUGCAAUUACGAAUGUACGUUUUUUGAUGCAUGAAGUUAAGUACCAUCUUUUGUCAAAAGGGAAACUAAGAAUCCUUUUUCCUAUCCACAGUCAUGUUGAGGCGUUCCUAUUCGUCAUGUGUAACAAGCACACUGCUGUUCUGUGAACGAUGAGUAAACCUCUCCCACACCCGUGGUAUCCUCUUUUAGGCCAGUGAGUUGGGCAUGUAGCUCGACCUGGCACCGCUUCGCGAGCGAAUCCUCUGUUUUGUUUACGUUUGUGCUUGUGUUCAUGCCUCCGUGUUAUAUCUGAACCAUAGACUAUUCUAUAUCAGUAGUCUAUGGCUGAACCCAUGCGCCGUGCUGUAGGAGAGAGGCAAGACGCCGUUGCUAAUGUAAGAUGUCACAUUGCGCCGGUGUCGUAUAGUAAUGCGCUGAUGUUGAAUAAACCUCAGACUUCA